UAAAGUGAAUUUGGUGGAACGGAACUGUUUUUGAUGGAGUAGAGCGGUUCCAAACAGUAACGGGCUGUUCAAACUCCCUCCGCUCCGUAACUCCGUUCCAAAGCGAAGCCGCAUCCAGUUAUAAUUUGUAGAGCAGCUAAACCAAUGCUCUGCGCGCUGGGAUCCGUGACAGAGAAACGUGACCCCAUGGAAGCAAUGGGCCUCGACGGCACCUCUUCUCAGAUGGACAUAUGCCCGCCUGCAUUUUCCCCACCCACCACGCCAACGGUCUCUCCAUCGCCCGUUCACUCCCGCCCUUAAUUAGCAGGACACCUCAUCGUCGACGCAUCAUCGUAUAUCCGGCCGAAGCAGUGACAGCAGAGAACUCCAGACCGCUAGCCACGUCCUCCGUUGGAGCCUUUGGAUACCCAUUUUUUCCUUGGACGUCUCUGGGUACUUUCUGUUGGGAGCCUUUGCACACUCUUCCCGUAAAGCGGGAGGCGGUGACAAAAUAAGUUGCGGAAGCAACAGACAAGACAUUUGCCAAAUUAAUACGCCGUGAAGCAUGCAUGCAUCGAUCUACCGUGGCCGACGACGCCAGAGCUUUAGCUAGCUGUUCACACCACAUGGCCGGCGAAACCCAUUGCUUCAGCUAGCUGUUGUGCACAGCAUAACAACGGCCGAGCAAGACAUGAGCCAGAUGGCCGGCGAAACCCAUAGCCCUAGCUAGCUGUGCACUGCACAGCACAACAACGGCAAAGGUGGACAUGACUCAUGAGCCACAUGUGUAUGCUUGGACGUGCAUGGCUUCUGCCAGAUCGCCAUGCAUGCAUGCAUGCAGAGCAUGAGGGGAUGCGGCAACUUUUCUUUCCGGCCCUUGCAGAUCGAAAGUAUUCGGGCGAGAGGGUUAAGCUCGGGCUGCUUGGAUGGCUGUCAUCGGCACGGCGGGGGCGGAGGCGCUGAUACCGCUGGCGGCGGUGAUCGGCAUCGCGUUCGCGGUGUUCCAGUGGUACGUGGUGGCCAAGGUGCCGGUCCCGGCCCACGACGGCGGGGACCUCAGCGCCGCCCAGAAAGGCCGCAGCGGGCACGAUGAGAGUGCGGAGGACGGCGUGGACUACCGGCAGGUGGAGGCCCGGUGCGCCGAGAUCCAGCACGCCAUCUCCAUCGGCGCCACGUCCUUCCUCUUCACGGAGUACAAGUACCUCGCCGUGUUCAUGGCUGGGUUCGCGGUGGUGAUCUUCAUGUUCUUGGGGUCGGCGCAGCGUUUCAGCACGCGGCCAGAGCCAUGCACGUACGACCCCGCGCGGCUGUGCCGGCCGGCGCUAGCGAACGCCGCCUUCAGCAUGAUCGCGUUCCUCCUGGGCGCGCUCACCUCCGUGAUGUCCGGGUACCUCGGGAUGCGCGUGGCGACGUUCGCGAACGCGCGCACGGCGCUCGAGGCUCGCCGCGGCGUGGGGCGCGCCUUCGUCGUCGCGUUCCGGUCCGGCGCCGCCAUGGGCUUCCUCCUCGCGUCCAGCGCGUUGUUCGUCCUCUACGUCGCCAUCAACCUCUUCGGCGUCUACUACGGCGACGACUGGGGCGGGCUCUACGAGUCCAUCACCGGCUACGGCCUCGGCGGCUCGUCCAUGGCCCUCUUCGGCCGCGUCGGCGGCGGCAUCUACACCAAGGCCGCCGACGUCGGCGCCGACCUCGUCGGCAAGGUGGAGCGCAACAUCCCCGAGGAUGACCCUCGCAACCCCGCGGUGAUCGCUGACAACGUGGGGGACAACGUCGGCGACAUCGCCGGGAUGGGGUCGGACCUGUUCGGGUCGUACGCGGAGUCGUCGUGCGCGGCGCUGUUCGUGGCGUCCAUCUCGUCGUUCGGGACGGAGCACAAUUUCGCGGCCAUGAUGUACCCGCUGCUCAUCAGCGCCAUGGGCAUCGUGGUGUGCUUGGCCACCACGGUCGUCGCCACCGACCUCGCUGAGGUGAAGACCGUCGAGCAGAUCGGGCCGGCGCUCAAACGGCAGAUCCUCAUCUCCACCGUGCUCAUGACCGUUGGCAUCGCCAUCGUCAGUUUCCUCGUCUUGCCCCACAGCUUCACCCUCUUCGACUUCGGCAGGCGGAAGCUCGUCAAGAACUGGUACCUGUUCAUCUGUGUGUCGGCCGGUUUGUGGGCAGGUCUUGUCAUCGGCUAUGUCACAGAGUACUUCACAAGCAACGCUUACAGGCCGGUGCAGGCUGUGGCGAACUCAUGCCGGACGGGAGCGGCGACGAACGUGAUCUUCGGGCUGGCAGUGGGAUACAAGUCGGUCAUCGUACCCAUCUUCGCCAUCGCGACGGCCAUCUACGCCAGCUUCCGCCUCGCCGCCAUGUACGGCAUCGCGCUGGCGGCGCUGGGCAUGCUCAGCACAAUCGCCACAGGGCUCAGCAUCGACGCCUACGGUCCCAUCAGCGACAACGCCGGCGGCAUCGCCGAGAUGUCCGGCAUGCCUCACGUGGUCCGCGAGCGCACGGAUGCACUCGACGCCGCCGGUAACACCACCGCCGCCAUCGGCAAAGGGUUCGCGAUCGGGUCGGCGGCGCUGGUGUCGCUGGCGCUAUUCGGCGCCUACGUGAGCCGCGCCGGGAUCGCGGCGGUGGACGUGCUGAGCCCUCAGGUGUUCGCGGGGCUGCUGGUGGGGGCCAUGCUGCCGUACUGGUUCUCGGCGAUGACCAUGCGGAGCGUGGGGAGCGCGGCGCUGGCGAUGGUAGAGGAGGUGCGGCGGCAGUUCGACAGCAUCCCGGGGCUGAUGGAGGGCACGGCGAAGCCGGACUACGCCACCUGCGUGAAGAUCUCCACCGACGCGUCGCUCAAGAAGAUGCUGGCGCCCGGCGCGCUCGUCAUGCUGAGCCCGCUGGUCGCCGGCACGCUGUUCGGCACCGAGACGCUGGCCGGGCUCCUCGCCGGCGCGCUGGUGUCGGGGGUCCAGGUGGCGAUCUCGGCGUCCAACAGCGGCGGCGCGUGGGACAACGCCAAGAAGUACAUCGAGGCCGGCGCGUCAGCGGAGGCGCGGGCGCUGGGGCCCAAGGGGUCGGACGCGCACAAGGCGGCCGUGAUCGGCGACACCAUCGGAGACCCGCUCAAGGACACCUCCGGCCCGUCGCUCAACAUCCUCAUCAAGCUCAUGGCCGUCGAGGCGCUCGUCUUCGCGCCAUUCUUCGCGGCGCACGGCGGCCUCAUCUUCAAGCACCUCUGAGUUUGAAUUCCGGGUUCGCGCGUCUUGCUGCCUGGACCUGGAUGACCAAGCAGAAGACUUUCGUUACCAAUAAUAAUCUCUAGACUGGGAAAAUUGUAUGAGGUGAUGAAUGGUUAAUGGUUAUUUAGUUUCGGACUUAAUUCGAGUGCAAAACCCGCGUUAGAAAGAAAUCAAACUCGUGGUGUUGCAAAUGUUACUCUUAAGGCAUGACUUCUAAAUGCACCAUGGAUUGUAUUAA